GGCAGCUGUGAGAGGCAUAUGGAAAUAUUAAAAAAAAAGAAGAGGGAAUCCACUACUAGCCUAGCUAUUUGAGCAAAACGUAUGUGGGUUGCAGACAUAGGAGGGACAAUUCCACUCACUGGCCAACCGCAGCGCCUUCCUCCUCCUGCUCUCUCCCCUCCGCUCAAGAAAUCCACCGGAAGCAAGCAAGCAGCAGGAGAGGAGCUCCUCUUCGUCGUCCUGCCGGCCGUCGUCUUCCUCCUCGUCUUCAUCAGAUUUCCGGAGCAAGAAUUGUUUGGGCGGUUAGCCAAGGUCCUUGCAUGGAUGCAGCCCACUGGCCCCAGGGGCUAGGGCUGGUGAAGCCCAUGGAGGAGAUGCUGAUGGGAGCACCGAGCGCCAACCAGGUGCAAGGGUCCAAUCCGAAUGCACCGGCGCAGGCGCCGUCGUCGGCGCCUGGGGCUGCGGGCGCCAUGAGAGGUGCCCCGCCGGCCAUGGCAGUGGCAGUCUCCGGAGUUGGGGCGGGUAGCACGGAGCGGCGGCCGCGGCCGCAGAAGGAGAAGGCGAUCAACUGCCCGCGGUGCAACUCCACCAACACCAAGUUCUGCUACUACAAUAACUACAGCCUCCAGCAGCCGCGCUACUUCUGCAAGACGUGCCGCCGGUACUGGACCGAGGGCGGCUCGCUGCGCAACGUCCCCGUCGGCGGCGGCUCCCGCAAGAACAAGAGGUCGUCGUCGUCGUCUUCCGCGUCCGCGUCGGCGGCCGCCUCGGCGACCGCGUCCGCCGCGAACUCGUCCAUGCUCGGGGCGGCGCCAAACAAGAACCCGAAGCUGGCGCACGAGGGCGCCGCGCACGACCUGAACCUCGCGUUCCCGCACCACCAAGGCGGGAUGCAGGCGCAGGCCGACUACAUGGCGUUCCCGAGCCUGGAGAGCAGCAGCAUGUGCAACCCGGGCGGCGGCGGUAUGGCGGGCAAUGGCGCCCGGGCCAGUGGUGCGCUCUCCGCGAUGGAGCUUCUCCGGAGCACCGGCUGCUAUAUGCCGCUGCAGAUGCCGAUGCAGAUGCCCGGAGACUACGGCGCCGCGGGGUUCUCGCUCGGAGAGUUCCGCGCGCCGCCGCCGCCGCCGCAGUCGCAGUCCCAGAGCUUGAUGGGCUUCUCUCUGGACGCGCACGGUCCGGUGGGAGGGGCUUCCUCGGCGGGGUACGGCUCCAGCGCCGCGAUGCAAGGGAUGCAAGAUAGGGCGAGCAGGUUGCUAUUCGCGUUCGAGGACUUGAAGCCGACGGCCAGCUCUGGUGGCGCCGGUGGCGGUGAGAGCGGUGGUGGGUCUGGCGGCGCCGCGGAUGGCGGCGGGCAUCAGUUCGAGCAAGGAAACAAGGAGCAACAAGGCAAUGGCACCCCCGUUGGGCAGCCCGACACGCCGGGGUUCUGGAACGGCAUGAUCGGCGGCGGCGGCACCUGGUAACGUGGCGAUGCGCACGGUGGCGCCCAUGCAUAUGCAUGGCUCAUGCGAUCGGAGCGUCGGCUGUGCAUGCAUGCGCUUCCAAGUUGCAACUGGAGAUAGGGCACAAAGGUUUAAUAAGAUGGUGGUGGCAUUGGUGGAUAUGGUGUUUGAUAGUAUCUUUCUUUCUUUCUUUCUUUCUGGUGUUCUUCUUCUUCCUUCUGUUCUAAGCUGUUCAUUUGUGUUUGCUUAUCGACUUGGGGGCUAGCUAGCUCUAACACAUAAGAUCAGAGUACACGACAUUUAAACUAUGCUGAUCUGUUAA